AUGUAUAACCGCAUGUCUGAGCCUGGUUUUGAUGAUAAAAGUGGAUAUCCCCCACCUGGGCAAGAACAGGGCCCACCUCCCUACUCGCAACCUGGCAUGGGACCUGUGCAACCAGUGCAACAACAACCAAUGCAACAACAACCAAUGCAGCAACAACCGAUGCAACAACCUGGGCACAUGAUGCAAAGCAGUAACACCAAUACGACCGUUGUGAUACAGCAACAACCAGCGCAGGUUGUACUUCAAGGACCGCGGGCAUGGAGCACUGGCAUUUGCUCUUGUUUUGAUGAUUGUGGUGUCUGUAAGUUUAUUAUAAGUAAUAGCACAAAAAGAGGCGAAUUAGCUAUUAAAACGUCCCGCCCAAUGAGGGUCGUUUAGUAAAAUUCCCUUGGACGCCGCUCGAUGAGGGUCAUUUACUAAAUGACCCGAAUCAAGCGGUGCCCAAGGGAAUUUUUCUAAACGACCCUCAUCGGGCGGGACGUUUUCAAUAGCUAAUUUGCCUCUUUUUAUGCUUGCCUAUUACCUUAUAAUAUCAUGAUUGCGGGUAUUCCCGUUGUUCUCGCUGGGCCAUUAAAAAACAAUUAACAAUAAAUAAUGGUAUAAAUUAAAUGGUAUAAUUGUUUUCCAUGUCUUUGUUUAGUUUUGGCUAUUUCAGAUAUCUUUUAUAUUCAUUUUUUCUAAUCGUACCCGCUUUGAUGUCGUUUCGGGUAGGAUUAGAACUAAUUCUACCUGACAUGACGUAAAAGCGGGUAGGAUUAGAAAAUAUGAAUAUAAUGAGGUGUAUUAGUUUUUAAUUGCCCUGCGAGAACAAAGGGAAUACCCGCAAUCAUGAUAUUAUUAUAUUUUAUCUUUGUAUAAAGGAUCGAGGCAAACUGAGUCAGACAGGGUGUGAUAAUUUGUGUACUUAUUAUAUGUACCAUAUUUUGUUAACUUUUAGGUCUUCUUGGCUUGUGCUGCCCGUGCAUUCUUCAAUGCACCAUUAGUAGUAAUGCUGGUGAGUGUUGUUGUGUUGCCGCCAUGUGUCCAAUUGCCCUGAGAACCAAGAUCAGGAUGAGACAUAACAUUGCAGUAAGUGAUGGCUCUUUCUUGUCCUCUAGCAGUCUCAUAUGAUUGGGUGGUUUGAAUUGCAAGUACUGUCUUGCGUCACAACACCAAAGUGCCUGGGUAUACGAGGCAGAGCAGUUUAGGACUGAUGAGAUUUAAUUAGAGCAUUAAUAGGUUUUCAACUGUAGCCUGGUAACAUUUAAACCAAUAAGAGAGAUAUAUUAUCCAUACUGGUAGCAUUCCAGUAUAAAUAAAGUUAUCUAUUUCACUUUUUAUUUCAACAGGGAAGUAUUAUGGAUGACUGCUGUGUACUGGCAUGCUGUGGGAUCUGUGCAUUGUGUCAAAUGGCCAGAGAACUCAACAUUCAUGGAAUUUAACCAGCAAUAUAAACGACAAACUUUUUAUCUUUUAAUUUUUUUGUAAUGGGACAUAUUAGUGUUGUUUAGAGUCUAAGAUUGUAAUCAUUCAAGAUAAUGCACCUAUCAAUUGACACCCCGACCCCCCCCCCCCAACCCUGGGACAUAGUGGGGCAGGCAAUGUGGGGAAUUUUAUGGUAUUUGACUGCAUUUUUUGCCCGUGGAGGUCGGGGAUUUGUCGGGAUUUGCCUUUGAAAAUUUCCCCUUGGGAAGUAGGGGUGGGGAUUUGACUCACUCCCAAUUUACUAUAUAUGUUUCGUUGUACCAUUGACUAUUGUCAAUUAGUAUUUUUGCACAAGUGAACAUAACAAAUCCUACAAGUUGAUCGGUCAAAUUUGACGUAUUAAGAUGUUAUAUUCACAUACAGGUUUCAAAACGGCAGCUAGCCGUUUUGUGGAAGCUACCGAUAGAGAAAUAAGCAAAAUUAAAAUAAAUUCAGUCCCAAAAAACACAAAACACUAUAUUUGCAUGAAGUGUGUACUUUUAUACAGAACUUUCAGUUUAAAAAAAUGGUAGUUUUGUUAGAUUACCCCUCCAGGGUGGGGGGUUUUGGAGGGUUUUUGUGGCAAACAUGCCUGGGUAGGGUGGGGGUUUAUACACUUUAGAACCAAUGUGAAAUCAAAUCCCCACUAUGUCCCGGGGUGGGGUGGGGGGGUCGGGGUGUCAAUUGAUAGGUGCAUAAUGUUCGAGAUAAUUUGUUGUACCCGUAUCAAAUUGUAGAACCAAUUACCAACAGCCUCUAAAUGUGAGAAUGUAAUUUCUGGGUCAGUACUCAUUUCCAACCACCAAACAGACAAGACAGCAUUGUCGGAAGAGGUGUUACAUGGCUGUGUAACUAACCCAAAUGCUACCCUAACCCCAACGGCAACCCUAACGGCCUAACCAAAUUACCAUCGCUUGCAACUAAGGAUGAACGGUCACAGAUAAAACAUUGUCUAUUCUCGUGACAAAGUUAAAUGUUUUUACCAAGAAAGUUCAAUGUUUGUCAAGAGCACUUGACAGGUUUUAAUCUGAUCAGCCAAUCAUGUUCAACCAGCUCCAAGCUGAUUGGCUGAGCGAAUUGAAACCGUCAAAUGAUCAUCACAAACAUUGACCUUUCUUGGUAAAAACUUUGUCAUGAGAAUAGACAAUGUUUUAUCUGUGACCGUUCAUCCUUAGUUGCAAGCGACGGUCAAAAAUUGAGAAAAUGGCAUACCAUCAGUAAUCAGUUUGAUGGUUGAAAACGAGUUAAUUGCCUAUUUUCUUCUGGAUAUUUGGGGCAGAUGUCAAAAAAAGUUGAACAUGAAUAAAUUAAAGUCAUGAUCGACAGAAUGGAUUACACUAUCAUUUGAUUGAUUGAUUUAUAAUCGAUUUGCUUGGCACAUGUGUUCCUACCUGGGUUCUCUGUGUCGCAAUUUCGAGAAUUUGGAAUAAUUUAGAAUAAAAUAUCUUGUUGUUCCGAAGGCCAUAUUUUUUUUGGAGAGGGAAAUAGCAACCAACACUAAUAGGUAACUAUCCCUCUAAAUAUUUAUUUUUUAUUUAGAAUUGUGGUUUGAAUCACGCACGAUUAUCUGUAGGCGAACUGAGUCCUUUUUUGUACAUUCGAACAGGCUUUUAAACACCCACGCUAAAUGCCUGAUAUAAAUGCGAAAUAAACUUUAUUCUGUGACUUUGCGCAAAUAUAAACACGUAAUACAAAUAUAUAAAAUACAUAGAAAUUUAAUGAAGUUCCAUAGAGGAUACAUGCGUGAAAUUGAGUAUUUAGUAUUAAAUACUGAAUAGAAAGGGAAAAUUAAAAUUUCUAGAGGCUUUAAAAUUUCCGGUUUGCGUGUUCAGGGAUCGAACAAAAUUCGUGCUUCUAAUACUGUAGCAAAAAUGUACUACAUACGCCAUGGUAUACAUAUUUUGUAGUUUUUACUCACAAAUAUACCAGUAAAAGUUUUUAGCUUGUAUAACUGCCUAUAUUCUUCAAAUAGGCUUAUCAUUGAUCGCGUACAGGUGUAAUUAUUAGAGACCUUAAGGAUUGACGUUUACGGCAAACGUCAAACCGCUAGCGAAGUUUUUGAUUUUACAGCUCUAUUAUUGUAGCUUUUACACCAGUUUUGAAAUAUGUUAAACUGAUUAAACUUCUGCUCUUUAGCAAUGAUUUAAGAAAGAAAAUUAACCACUAGUCAUGCCAUUCACCAAAGCAGUAAAUUAAGAUUUGGCGUUUGAAGUUGACGUUUGACGUAUAAAUUUUAUGCUUUAACGACUACAAGCCCUCGUAGCAGUUCAGGCAUGAAAUCUAUACGCCAAACGCCAACUUGAAACGCCAAAUCUUAUUUUACUGCUUUGGUGAAUGGCAUGACUAGUGGUUAAUUUUCUUUCUUAAAUCAUUGCUAAAGAGCAGAAGUUUAAUCAGUUUAACAUAUUUCAAAACUGGUGUAAAAGCUACAAUAAUAGAGCUGUAAAAUCAAAAACUUCGCUAGCGGUUUGACGUUUGCCGUAAACGUCAAUCUUAAGGUCUCUAAUAUUUUUUCUUAGCCUGACUUUUAAUAUUUAUAUUAAAAAGCCUGGUUUUCACUGGCGACAUAAGCAUAUUAAGCACAUGCUAAGACAAAACAAAGAAAAUUAAGAAAUGCAGUGAAGUGUGCUACGUACGUAAACAUCGAGAUGAAGUGCAGGAAGUAAAUAUAAUAUAAAGCAUAUUAGCACAAGACUCCAAGCGCAAGCUAAUGUAGAACGAAAGCUGCAAAUUCAAAGGAAAAUUCUUUCUUUUUUGCCUUUGAAUUCCUCAGAGUAACAUUCAUGCUUAAUAUAGACUUUGAAUAUAGACUUUCUUGUGUUAUUAUAAUGACCGUCAUUAAUAACACAAACACGCAAGCUGUUUAGGCAAUAUAUUGUACUAGUCUUUUAACGUUUUUAUUGGUAAUAAAAAAUGGUCUAAUUAAUAAUAACAUUAAAGAUUAUUUUGGCUUAUGUAUAGUUAUGUUGAAUUGAUCAUAUUACUUUAGCUCAAGACUCCCAAGAUGUAUAACCGCAUGUCCGAUCCUGCUUUUGAUGACAUGAGUGGUAUGCCCCAACCCAGACAGGAGCUGGGCUACCCUCCAUUUUCGCAACCUGGCAUGGGACCUGUGCAACCGAUGCAACAGCAACCCAUGCAACAACCUGGGCACAUGCACAGCAGUAACACCAAUACAACCGUUGUGAUACAGCAACAACCAGCGCAGGUUGUACUUCAAGGACCGCGGGCAUGGAGCACUGGACUUUGUUCUUGUUUUGACGAUUGUGGUGUCUGUAAGUUUAUUUUAUUAUCAUACUUUCUAGUCUUCAAUCCAUCCUGAUCGUGUAGCUCAGUUGGUAGAGCAUCGAUCUAGUAAUUCGAAGGUCACAGGUUCGAAACCCAGCCGUGCUGCGCAGAGUUUUCUGCUUGCAUAGUCUGGAAAUUAUGAAAUAUCUCGCCCAUAAUUUCUCCAAACAUUUUUGCUAUAUAUACACAUAGCAUCUCAUGUACAUCAGUCCUGUCUGGGGGAACAGCGGUUUCCCCAUGUUUGAGUUUUGUCCAGUGGCGCCGCCAGCUCGAUAAUUGGGGGGGGGGGGUCAAAUAUUCAUAUAUUUGUGUUCACAGACCAUAAAAACAAUCGAUUUCAAAAGAAGUUAAAAAUGCACACACAAAGAUAUGAAUAUUCGCGCCGCCCCCCCCCCAAUUAUCGAGCUGGCGGCACCACUGGUUUUGUCACUCAGGGGGAAUGCCGUUCCCCCAGUGAAAAUAGUGGGAGGAAAAUCGAUUUUGUUUUUAGGUCUUAUGGCAAUAUGCUGCCCAUUGAUACUUGAAUGCACUGUCAGUGGUCAUGCUGGAGAAUGCUGUUGUGUCGCAACUGUUUGUCCAAUUGCCCUAAGAACCAAGAUACGGACAAGGCAUAACAUUGCGGUAAGUGAUGACUCUUUCUCGUCCUCUUGGCAAAACAGUUUAAAAGUGAUAGAGCUAUACAGGUGGCGCGAAUACCUCUCUUUAGGGGACUUAAUUGUUAAGAACAUGGCCACCAGAUAUGCGCAGUAAAAACUCCCUUACGUUUUUCUCUUGAAGUGAGACCUCUGUAUGUUUAGUACUCUAUGGCCUUACAGACUUACAGUCCCCUAGGGAGAAUAGUUUAGAUAAAGUUAUUUAUUUAUUUCACUGUGUAUUUUGACAGGGAAGUAUCAUGGAUGACUUCUGUGUGGUUGCAUGCUGUGGACCCUGUGCAAUGUGUCAAAUGGCAAGAGAACUCAAUAUUCACGGAAUCUAA